AUGCUUCUCUGCGUUAAUGACGUCGUCUACGAGAAUCUGAGUAAUAGUCUAAUGCGAUCUUUCCCACUGGGAAAUUCCACUACAUUUCUGGAAUAUACAGGAUUUUCUAAAUUAGAUCUUCCGGAGGAAAUAAUUGAAAAGAUUCUAAGUUAUCUAGAUGUUGAAUCAUUAAAAGCUGCUGCACUUACAUGCAGAACAUUGAACGAAACAUCCUCCAAAAUGGGUUGGAAAUUGAAGUUGACAUUCAAAAACAAGAUGAAAGAAGAGCCGUGGGUUGACGUCCUAUUAGAAAGUAACAGAAAAUUCAACUCAAUUCGUCUUUGUGAAUAUGCUGAGAUGAGAAACAUUCGAUUGAUGAACUUUUUUGAAAAACAUGGCCGCAAUCUUCAGAAAUUAGUUAUAGAUGGUGGAGAAUUCCACAGUUUCAAAAUAUUCUGUGAUGUACUGAGUUCCAUGCCGAACUUGAAAAAAAUCAGCUUUCGUAAUUCAGACACACGA